AUGCACAAACUAAGCAGACAAAACAAAGUACCAGCAGCUAAGUUGACGAUUAAGAAGAAACACGAAAGAGUAAAUGCAGACGUGAAGAAAAUUGUGCUACCUGAAAAGUUGGAUACCGCAGAUAUCUCAUUGGUACCACCUGCAAAUGUAGACUGUACACCGAUUGAAAAACAAGAGGAUAAGGAAAAUUGCAUCGACUAUGCCAGUUUAAUUCCUAAAAAUAAGGAUAUUAAAAAAAAACAAGAUGUAUACACUGAUGCUGAAAUAGCGAAGUUUUUGACUGAAUUUGAUACCUCUGACUUUUAA